UUAAAUAUAAAUCGAAUGAAUAUUUGAGUAAAAGAAAGACACAAAGUCGAAAAAAAUUAAGAAUUUCAUCUGAAUCCAUUAGAUGGAGUGAUUUUUGUCGAUAAACAUACUAAAUUCCACCUCAAAAUGUGUUUUACAAUCGAUCAAAUUGAGCGAGCGUGUGGAUUAUUGUUGCUGACCGAAUUCAACCGAUUCGUAUACUGUUGCAAAACUUGCCAUUGUGAAUUUGAGACGGGAUCCAAUUUGGAAGUGCACAUUCUGACGGAGCAUCAGGACUGUAAAGGAGCUGUAUUUGAGAAUGGUGAAAUUUUUGUGGACAGCAUUGAUGCAUCGGUUUAUGAAGCUGGGCCGACGAAAGUAGAAAUUGAGCGAAUCGAUGAAAAUGUUGAAGAAUGGAGUGAAUUAAACGUCAUUGAACCGGAUAAACCGAAUUUCAAUGAAGGGAACAAAGCAAAAUUGCUUGAAUCGAGUGAAGCAUAUGUCGAAGAAUCCAGUAAUGACGACACACCAUUGGCUGAUUUGUUGGGGAAUCACGGUAUCGACAAUGUGAACAGCAGUGAUGAGUCAGCAAAAGCGGGCGAUAAAGUAUCAAUUGUGAAAAAACAAAGAGGACAACCGGUUGGAUGGAGGAAAAGGAGAGAUAGCAACGAAACAUACACACCCGGAACGAAAAAAACAUGCAAAAAACGACCGUCUGUAGCACGGAAUAAGAACAAUGAUGUGGUAAACAAAUAUGGUAUAAAUGACGAUGCGAAACUCCCGAUCAGAAAAACCGGUCGGCCAAUCACCGGUGUAUUCUAUUGUGAAAUGUGCCCGGAUCUGACAUUCAAUGGCAAAAUGAAUCUCACCAGACACAUGCAGCGCUGUCACAUAUCGCAAAAGAAAAAAUGUGAACUAUGCGACAAAGUCAUACGCAAAGGCUACGAAAGACACAUGAAAAAGUUUCAUACCGUUAAACCAGUCCACAAAUGCGAUUUGUGUGGAUUGGUAUUUAAAUUUUCGAAUGGUCUAGCCAUACAUAUUCUCAACCAUAAAAAAGAAAGGCCGUAUUUGUGCGCCACCUGCGGCAUGUCAUUUGUUUCACAUGAAUUAUGUCGCCGACAUGAAACCAGCACACACAGUAAUGUACCAAAAUAUCCAUGUGAACAAUGCGAUCGUGCAUUUCAUCGUCGAUAUCGACUUCGUGAUCAUAUUAAUGCAUUUCACACCAAGCAACGGCCACACAUUUGCGAGAUAUGCGGCAAGGGUUUCAACUCGGCAAGCUAUUUACGUAUUCAUAAAUUGACUCACGGCGAAAAGGCGUUGAAGUGUCGACAUUGUGAUCGAAUGUUUAAACUAGCGGAAAAUCGACACAAACACGAAGUGUCUAUUCAUCAAAUUGCGAAAAUAAAUAGCGGCAACAGGUAGCUGAACAGUAUACUAUGGCGGAGAAAUAGCAACGAUUCAAUGUCAACUGAAAUGGAUGAAGUGUUUGAGGAAAUAGGCGAAGAGAGAUCAAGAGGGAUUAAGAGAGACGAAUAGAGAUGGAAUUGAAAUUGGAGAGUCAUUCGAGACUAAAUUGAUGCAUUUUUUUGCAUACAUUGUAAUAUUCGGUGAGUGCCACUAUAAAAAUAUACACACUCAUCUCGUGCGUGAGACGCAUGGUCACUCAUUUAGUGAGUGAGACGCAUGCGGAUGGGAUGAAGCAAAGCGAAUGGGAAGCGCGCAACUAGUGCAUAGAGUCAAUGGGUACUACGUGUUUGUGUUUGUGUCCGUAUUCUAACGACAGAGUGACGAAUAUAUGCGCGCUAUAUCGUUCGUUCAUAUGGAGUUGCCCGCUCCUCUUUCGUUUUGCUUCAUCUCAACCGCGUGCGUCUCACUCACUAAAUGAGUGACCAUGCGUCUCACGCAUUAGAUGAGUGUGUAUAUUUUUUUUAGUGGCACUCGCCGAAUAUUACAAUGUAUGUUUUUUUGCAAUUUUUUUUUAAACAAAAAUCGAAAUUAACACAAAAUAAUUUCUGCCAAAAAAAAAGUUCGCAAAAUUCAUGCAAAUUGAUCAUAAUUACGUAAAAACAUAGGGGUAUUGCAACGAGCAUAAAAUAUAUGUAUUUCAUCAAGUUUAUCAAGCUCUUUCCAAGAUUAUGCAUAGUGUCGAACUUUUGUUCAAGCUCUACCAUCUAAAUGUACAGUAAAAUAGUUUGCAGGCACGACGUAAAUGAUGGCGUUUUUUCUGGCCGAAAAAGUUGCAAUAUCCCUUUGAGUAAAAAAGUUUUUAAUCCGUUUUCUCUUUCUCUUCUUCUUAUCACAAAUGUUGAAAGAUCAAAUAGAUCAUAUAUCAAAUAUUUUAAGCCUUCAUAUAAGCCAUUAACCAUUAUACAACUUUAAAGAGUCGUUUAAAUCCAUAAAAAAACAAAUUUUUAUUUUAUGUAAAUUGCUCAUCAAGAUUAACGAUCUUCAAUAAAAAAAAAAACAA